AUGCUCMUGAUGAGAAGUACCCACAUCAUUUCCAAAACCAUCCGAGACAGCAACAGCUGGGGCCCAGCGGUCACCAAGGACCCCGAAAGGAGGUGGCAUUUGACAGCAAUAAGGAASCACAGCGGACCUGCAGAGUCCAGAUGUCUGCAGAACAGCGGUUGGUCCAUUCAGGUCCCGUCCGACGUUACUGGUGAGUUUGGGAAGACGGCUGUUCUGCCCUGCACCUUCACGCACCCCUACAAAACCAUCGACCGGCCCCUCACGGCCAUUUGGAGGGUGAGGGAACCUUACAACGGGACGGUCGUGUUCAAGUGCAUCGCUCCGGGCGCCGGCGAGCUCUGCAAGACUGCAGUCAGCUACAAAAACAAAUACAAGCUGCUUGGCAACCCCCGGCACAAGGACCUCACCAUCAGGAUCGACAACCUGACCUGGAGCGACAGCGAGAGGUAUUUCUGCCGAGUGGAGCUCUCCGGAGAUGUGCAUGACAAAUACGAGAGCAGGAAUGGGUUAAAGCUCCAYAUAAUAGCGGCCCCGCGGAUCACCAACAUCACGGUGAGCGCGCGGGGCGGGCGCUCCUUCGCGGCGCGCUGCACGGCCGAGGGCGAGCCGGCGCCCGCGCUGGCCUGGAGCGGGCCCCUGGGCGGCCAGCGCGCCUCGCUGGCCGGCGGCGGCCGCCGCGUCACGGCGGAGCUGCAGCGCCUGCCGCGCCACGGGCGGUACACCUGCACCGCCRUCAACAGCCACGGCAGGGCCGAGGGCGCCCUCUACUUCUACACCUUCCAGGCGACCGGCAGCUCCCUCUUCCUCGCGCUCAUCCUCGUGCCCUUGGGAAUCAAAGUGCUGGUGUUGCUGCUGCUCGUGGGCGUUACUGUGUUCUGGAGAGGAGGUCCCUUCACUACCCCAACCAGCCUGGCCCGGUAA